AUGAUCUCACUGGACUUCAAUUUUUAUGUUUUGACAAGGGACCUGUCCCUUUAUCUGGAAAAUCAAGUGAAAGUUGGACUUUUUGGAUCUGGAGUACUGUCACUGGUGCUCGGCUUCAGCGCAGCUUAUGCCUACUAUUACUUGAUCUCUGUCGCGAAGGUAGGGGGGGUCACAGAGGCUGCUUUGAAUAAUUAUUAUUUGGGAUACAUUGUAACCGGCAACUUGUCUUGUAAUUAUUCGAAUGUGGCAUAAAGGUUAUUAUGAGGACUAUUGCUCGCGCUUUUGCGCAUCAAGCCGGCUCAGUUGCUGCAUGGUUUGCUGAGGGGGCGGAUUUAUUACAGUAGCAUACGUGCAUCUGCGGUACUGCACAUGCGAUAUAAUGACAUAUCUCAAUUAAAUGCUAUCGUAUGAUUUUUCUCCAGACUAAAUGUGAAAAUUCAAAAUGUGUACAAUUAGGCCUAGGUUACAUAUUUACAAAUGUUUAAUUGCUAUUUAGGCCGCAGAUAUUUUAUAGAGAGUCCUUUGUUGGUUUUGUAAUCUGAAAUGUCGAUCAUGUAGGCUCGUUUUUGCUAUUGUUAUACAAGCUGUCAGAAAUCUUCAUGCAGUGUUUGUUCUUUACCUACUGUAGUUAUACUGCAUAUUCAGAAAUUAAUGGAUUUUCCAAUAUUCGAUUUCCCCCAUAAUGAAAUGCAUAGGCCUAUAUAACAUUAGGCGAAUGUUUGAUUAUAAUAACACCUACUAGAACAGCCUUGCAUUCUAUUCUUUGUUAUACAGGUUCAGAGAUAUGCUGAACAUGUAUAUGGGCCUUUAUGCUCUGAUAGGACAGAUGUGUUUGAUAUUGUGGUGACCUCAUAUAAUCCCAGUUACAACACUGCCUACUGUCACUGUGUUCUCAUGACCUCUCCUUCAUCUCCACUAGUGACUGCAGAAUGUCCCUAAAACUCACCAAAACAUUUUAUCUUUUCUGACACUUUACACAGUCCUCUAGACAAAAAUUAGGGCAACAUAAAAUAUUGAGAUUCCAGUCUUGAUAUUGCAUUACAAUUACACUAUAGUUGUUGAGAUCCUUCCUUUGGAAUAUGAUGCACCAUGAAUGCAAAGACACUAGGCAAAUAACAAUAUGGAACAAUGAAAUAUGACUCAUGUUGACAUGUCAUUUAUGAAAGUGCAAGACAAAGAUAAUUCGAUAUCAUGUGAUUUAAGUGACGAGGCUGCACUAUGUUAUCAAGGGUAUUGUAAGGGUGGGGUGGUGUAGAUUGUGAAUGAUGAAGUAUAAUGAACUGUUUUCAGGAGAUUGUUUGUCAUCAGUAGUAUACAUUGUGUUAGUUCAAUUUAGGAAAGGCACAACAAUGUAUCUUUGACUUGCAUGGCCAGACAUUCCUCCUCCAUUUCUCCUCAAUAAUGUCAUUAUUUGAAAGCCACAUCACUCACUCACACUGUUCAUGUCUUGUAUUGCAGAAGCCCCAACUGAUUUCUGGUGGUAAGAAGUUCUACCAGUUCCUGCGGGACCAAUGUCCCGUGGUGUCAGAGACCUACUACCCCACCUUCUGGUGCUGGGAGAGCCGGAUCCAGACACUGCUUAGACCAUUCGUCACAGCUAAACCGGGGGUCAGCUACAGAAAGUAA